AUGCCUCGUAUCAGGCCCUCGACCAUCUGGGAGGCUCAUCGACUACACAAAGCGCUGCCUCUUUUGUUACCAGAAUGCCGAGCCAUACCCAUCGCUUUGCAAGAACUACAAUGGAUACGCAAUGAACUCGGUGACAAAAAAUAUAAGAUUUGGAAAAGUUGCCGACUGCGAUACCACCGUUACCCUCUGCAGUACAUUUUGGGCACACAGCCGUUUGGGCCGUUGGAGAUCGACUGCAGGCCGGGGGUUUUGAUUCCACGAUGGGAGACUGAAGAAUGGGCCCUUGACCUGGCUCAUCGACUACCACCCGACAAAAACUUGCAGGUUUUGGACCUAUGUACUGGCACGGGGUGCAUUCCUCUUUUAAUCAAGCGACUCAGACCGCAAUUCGCGGUCGGUGCCAUCGAGUGCUCGCCUGUGGCUGUGAAACUGGCAUCUCAAAAUGCGGAAAAGUUGGGUAUCCAUAUAGAUAUCUGCACAGAAGACGUCUUGAAGUGCCCGCCGCUACCCCACAAAGUGGACUUCAUCACAUGUAACCCACCGUACAUUUCCCGAUCGUCUUUUGUCGGCGACACAGCCAAAUCAGUUCAAUUAUUUGAACCCAAGCUGGCACUGAUCGGAUCAUUGGAAUUCUAUGAGAACCUUUGCGACUUCUGGAUCCACCAAAUAGAGGCGUUUGCGUAUGAGGUCGGCACUCUGUCACAGUGUAGGUACGUGGAAAGCCGCAUCGCAGCCGAUCCUGCGCUACGAGAACAAUGGCGAGUGGGAACUAAGAAAGAUUCCAACAACAAGGAGCGAGUGGUGUAUGGUUAUAAGACUAUCAGUGCAAAGGGUAUCGAUUGGCAUACCUUGUUCCGAGGAUUUGGGGGUCCUACAUGCUGA